UUAAAUUCAGCAGUGAUUUUGUGAACUGAAGUUGGCGUUUUUGGAAAUAGGAUGUGCAAAUCGUAAAGCAUUUUAAUUAAAUUGUGUUAAUAAUUUCUGAACCUCUUACCAAAAAUUCCUCAAAAUAUGAAAUAAAACAAACAAACUCAUACGUUAUCUAAGAAGAGCAUAUGAGAUUUAACUGAGUUUUAAAUUUAACCAAGCGGUGAGAAAGGAACACGAAAUCAUCGUUUUUAUCGGAGCUUCGAGGUCGCAACCGUGGCGUAAACACAGAGUCAUGGGGUUUAAUAGGUUUUGCCCUUCAUACUAAUUAAAUGUAGCUUAAAGAAUCUCUGACAUAUACUUCUCUGCGUUACAAACAAACUGGAUAUAACCCCCGUAGUUGAUUCAAGUAUCAACUCGAACACAAACGGGUAAACUAUCGUCUCAUCAAAAUCAAGAAAUGUUAUCGCUGCAGAUUAAAAUUUUAAAUAAUGAUGACUCCUACUUAAACAAAAUAUUUCACUACGAAAGGAACUCUACGCAUUGCUUAAAAAAAAGAAAAAGUUUUAAGCACAAGUUCAAAACUAAAGAAACUCGGUGGCCAAUACUUUAUUUUAUUUAUGCCAAUAUUCUUAUCCAUCUUUGUAAAGUUGAUGUUGUGUUUUCAGUAAUAUACAACACUAAAUUAGUAUCUACAAAUAUUAAUUCAACCCUACAAAAACAACAAUUUUUAUCAAACGACAUUGUGGCGCAAUUUAGUUUGCCACAAACCGUCGGAAUUUCAUCUACAAAUAGUUCGACAACAACCGUCUCUUCAAAUGUAGUUAACACAAGUUAUGCUUCAAGUUCAUCUGGAGCUUUACAUCCGACAAACUAUUUUACUCAUCUGGCUUAUGAUGAGAAGCGUAAAGUCUUUUACGCUGGUGUUACCAACAAAAUACUUCAGUUAAACGAAAACUUGCGUAUUCUUUCCCAGGCUAUUACGGGACCGAAACAAGAUUCACCACAAUGUCAUGCUAGUGGUUGUUCAGAUGACGUUGAAACAACAUUGGUGAACAAUCAUAACAAAAUACUGAUUGUCAGCUAUGCUCAAAAUGAUGGCAUAUUGAUAUCUUGUGGUAGUCUUCGGCAAGGGGCUUGUGAUAUUUAUAAUUUGUCACGUUUUCCAAACAACCCACAGUUCAUUGAUGUGCCGUUGGCGGCAAACGACGAAUUUGCGUCUACAUAUGCGUUUGUGGGACCUGCUGAAUAUUCAUGGAAAAAGGAAGACAUUCUCUACGUCGGCACAACCUUUACUAAUGUCGGUGAUUAUCGGCAUGAUGUUCCCGCUAUUUCGUCAAGACGGCUAGAUGAUCUUAAUUACGCGGAGUUUGAAAUUAAGCAAUCUAUCAUAAACAUUGAUGUAAAAUAUCGUGAUGACUUUCUAGUAGAUUAUGUUUACGGAUUUAAUUCUUCUGAAUAUGCCUAUUUUGCAAUUGUGCAAAAAAAGUCACAUUUGGCCGAAGAAGCAGGUUAUAUAACACGUUUAGCACGUAUUUGCAUUACGGACUCAAAUUAUGACAGUUAUACGGAGAUAACUAUUCAAUGUCUUGCCACCGCGCAAAGUGUAGAUUAUAAUAUAUUACGAGCUGCUAAAAUUACUGAAGCAGGACAAAAAUUGGCGCAACAAAUGGGCAUAAAACGCGACGAUUAUAUUUUGUUGACCAUAUUUUCACCAUCAUUAGAAAUAACAAAUCAGCCUGGAAACAAAUCUGCCAUGUGUCUUUACAGUUUAAAAGCAAUUGAAGAAGUUUUUGAUGAAAAUAUACAUUUAUGCUUCAAUGGAACAAUUAAGGACAGAAAUUUGGGUUACAUAUCAGGGACCAUAGAUGAUGGCCGUUGCCCAAGCACGACAAGUAACGUCUAUAGUUUUUGUAAUGUUGGACUAAAAAUUAGCGGGGUUGCACCUAUAACUUCGCAUGCUUUAUUCCAAUUUAGUGAUGUUUCCGUAACUUCUGUUACGGCCACUACUACGGGUCCACACACAUUGGCUUUUCUUGGAACUGAGCAUGGUUCUAUAAAAAAAGUGUUGCUUUCUGGACAAAACCCUGGGGAGUACGAAGAAAUAAUAAUUGAUCCCGGAAAUAUGAUCCUGCAGGACACGUUUACCUCACCUAGAAAAGACUUCUUAUAUGUACUAUCCAUGAAUAAGAUAACAAAAUUAAAAAUAGAACAUUGUUCGUUAUACACAAAUUGCUCCGCCUGCUUAGAAUCUCGCGAUCCUUUCUGCGGUUGGUGUUCCCUAGAAAAACGGUGCACCAUUCGGUCAACUUGUCAAAAGGACACUGCCGCAGCCCGUUGGCUUUCCCUAGGUAGUGGUCAGCAGUGCAUUGAUUUCGAAUCGAUUUUGCCGGACAAGUUACCGAUUACGGAUGUAUCAAAAGUUCAGUUGCUUAUAAAAACUUUACCUGAACCAGUAAACGGUAAAUAUCGUUGUGUUUUUGGUAAUUCUACGCCAAUCGAUGCUGAGGUUUUAGAAAACGGCUUGGCAUGUAACACUCCUCCACUGGAUCAACGCCCAAUAAUAGCUGCUAACAUGGACCAUGUCUUAGUGCCACUUUCUGUGAGAAGUUCAGAGACUAACAAGGACUUCGUUUCGCGUUCAUUUUCUUUUUUUGAUUGUUCUCGUCAUAAUAUUUGUCGGACAUGCGUUCGUAGUUUUUGGAGUUGUAAUUGGUGCGUCUUUGACAACAAAUGCGUCCAUAAAUCUGAGCAGUGCAGAAACUUGGAAAAAAUGAUGUCCAAGGACUUUGAAUGCCCACAUCUGAAACGUGUGCAAGGGCCUCUUCUGCUUCCCGUACGUGUACCAAAGGAAAUACGUUUAGAGAUUGAAAACUUACCUAGACCUAAAAACGCACAUUCAGGAUUUUUAUGCACAGUACAAAUUGAAGCAGCUCAAAUGCUAUUACCCGCUCGGAUUGAGGCCAAUCGUUUUGUGGUUUGCGAAAAAACACCAUAUUUUUACGAAACCAACACAUAUGAAUACGAAGCAAAAGUCGACAUUACGUGGAAUCGACAGCAUUACAUUGAUACAGCCUUAAUCACUUUAUACAAAUGCGAUGUCUUGGGAUCACAUCGUGAGCAUGCAGAUUGCAGUUUGUGUGUCACUCGCGAUUCCAAAUAUCAAUGUGCGUGGUGUGGAAACUCAUGUGUCUACAAUGACACUUGUUCAUCAAUGACGCUGACGACGGAUCACGGAUUAAUGCAUAAACCGUCUAAUUAUCCACUAUCGAGAGCAAAUGACUGUCCUCGUCCUCGCAUAGACAUGAUUAAACCACUGUUUGGCCCUAUCGAAGGAGGUACCUUGGUGACUAUUGAAGGUAGUAAUUUAGGUAUUAAAGAAGAAGAUGUGCGUGGGAAGAUUUCCAUAGGAAAUGUACCCUGCGAAUUAGUUAAUUAUGAAAUCUCUGUUAAAAUAGAAUGUCGGACGGGCGGUGUUAAUCAUGAAAUAACAGCACCAGUUAAAGUAUUUAAUGACGCUGGCUUUACGGAGUCGAGUGUACAAUUUCAGUUUAAGGAUAUCCAACUAAUUGGUCUGCAUCCUAGAGUUGGACCAAAGUCAGGCGGAACACAAAUCUCGUUAAUGGGGAAAUAUUUGAAUAUCGGUUCUAAUAUAAGAGCUUUUUUGGAUGAAUAUGAGUGUCACAUCAAUAUGACAAAGGCAUCUUCUUCGCGCUUGACAUGUGUUACCUCAGAAGCGACUCAACCUGAACCUAUACGCACACUACGUUUGUUUGUAGACGGUGCAAAUCGUACUUAUACUUGCGAAAACCAUCUUGAAAGGCCAAUAAACGCAUAUGACCACGAGUUAGUAACAACUCGCGGGAAGUAUGCCUACCAUUACCACUCCCAUCUGCCGCGUUUUUGUUCUAUAUAUAAUUACACCCAUGAUCCUACUAUCAUGGAGAUCAAGCCUCUGCGAAGCUUUGCUAGUGGGGGAAGACUGCUGACAGUUCAUGGCAUGUAUUUGGAUUCUAUACAGAACCCUGAAUUGGAAGUGUUUUUUGGCACCGAAAGGAUAAACAAAACAACAUGUAUAGUCAUAAAUGCUAGCCAAAUGGAAUGUCCUUCACCGGUGGUGAAUGCUAAAUUUUGGGAAUACAAAAUGUCGCUGGAAAAAAAAUUUCAGCAAGGACAGCUUACUAGAGUUGAUAUCGAUUCGCCGUCAUCUUUAAACAUAGAUGUUAAAAAACGUAGCGCUUUUAAAAGAAAUGCUUCAUUUAGAUAUACAUCACUGAGCAAUAUUACCAAUAAUGGUUAUUUUGGAGAAGAUAUUGCUGCUUUCGUGAAAGUUCGUGAGACUCAGCUUAAUUUACAAGUGGGAUUUGUUAUGGAUAACGUUCAAUGGGUACGUGAUCUCGGCAAAUACUUCUCAACAAUACGUAGUAGCAUAGCUUACGUGUCGGAUCCUAAAUACCACGCCUUUCCCGAAGGUAUAAAAUUGUACAAAGGAGACACAUUAGUUAUUGAGGGAGAAUUACUAAAUAUUGCUUCCGACGAAUCUGACGUUAACGUUACAAUUGGUAUUGGUCAGUGCAAUGUUACAAGUCUCACACUUACUCAACUUCUAUGUACUCCUCCGGAGAAACAACCGAUCCCCACCGAUGAGAGUGGCCUGGAACAAACGUCUGAUUUCCCAUUAGUUGUUGUUAAAGUAGGACGCAAUUUACGUUUUGUCGUUGGCCAUUUAAAAUAUGAUCUUAUGAAGGCCUAUUCAUUUUCACAUGCUAUAUGGGGAAUCAUUUUCACAAUUUCCUUGAUAGUCAUCUUGUUGAUAAUAAUAUUGGUUAUAUACAGACGAAAAACCACUCAAGCGGAACGUGAAUAUAAGCGAAUACAAAUCCAAAUGAUUACCUUGGAAAGCAAUGUGCGCUCUGAAUGUAAACAAGCUUUCGCAGAAUUGCAAACAGACAUGACGGAUUUAACAGCAGAUUUGGAAACUUCCGGUAUUCCAACGUUGAAUCAUGUCAAUUAUAUCAUGAAAGUAUUUUUCCCUGGAGUCUCUGAUCAUCCUAUCCUUAAUUCGCCGAAAUUGCGCAUGAAUAGUCCUCAUACUAAUUACGAUGCUGCGAUGUUACAUUUCGAACAAUUGAUAAGUAAUAAGUACUUUGUAUUAACGUUUAUAGAAAGCUUGGAGGGUCAGAAAUCAUUCAACAUACGUGACAAGGUAAAUGUGGCAUCUUUGUUAAUGAUCGUAUUAAUGAACAAGAUGGAAUAUGCCACCGACAUUUUAAAAUGCUUGCUAUUACGUUUGGUGGAUAAAUCUGUAAUAAGUAAACACCCUCAACUUAUGUUGCGCCGUACUGAAAGCGUUGUUGAAAAAAUGCUUACAAAUUAUAUGGCAAUAUGCAUGUACGAUUACUUGAAAGAAUAUGCUGGAUCAAGCUUAUUUUUAUUGUUUAAAGCAAUAAAACAUCAAAUUGAAAAAGGAUUGGUAGAUGCCAUUACACAUGAUGCUAGAUAUUCGAUAUCAGAAGAACGUCUGCUUCAUGAACAAAUCUCGCAUUCGGUCGUAAUGUUGCAUAUUGUUCAAGAUGAUUUAGACGAGAAAGUUCAGUGCAAAGUUCUAGAUUGGGAUACGAUUUCUCAAGUGAAGUCUAAGAUUCUAGAUGCUUUGUUUAAAAAUACACCCUUUUCAAUGAGGCCUACAAUACAUGAGGUGGAUCUAGAAUGGCGCCAUGGGCGCGGAGGUCAUUUAAUUUUGCAAGAUGAAGACUUGACAACAAAGACAACAAAUGGUUGGAGGCGCUUAAAUACUCUAGCCCAUUAUGGUGUGAAAGAAUCUGCGGUAAUGAGUUUGGUGGCUCGUCAGAAUGACAGUUACAACUUACAGUACAGCAAUAAACUGCAGCCACCUUACAAUAAUUUUUACUACAUUAACAAUUCGCAAUCUCAUAUAAUAAUAAACAAUGACAUCGAAUCAGGUUUACAACAACCACGUGUCUACCAUUUAGUUAAACCCGUCAUUCCGGAUCAUUAUAUGAAUAUGAAAAAUUCUGCUAUUUCUGGUAGUGGAGGAACUGUCCUUCAAUUGGGAGUUGGCAAUGAUCGUGUUCAUAAAACGAUACCAGAAGUGUACUUAACUCGUUUGCUUGCAGCAAAAGGUACUGUACAAAAGUUCGUCGAUGACUUUUUUGCUACAAUACUGACGGUGAAUGAAGAGUUGCCACCGGCUAUUAAGUGGUUGUUCGACUUACUGGAUGAAGCAGCUCGACGACAUGACAUAUACGAUGCAGAUAUCGUACAUGCUUGGAAGUCAAAUAGUUUGCCUUUAAGGUUUUGGGUUAACUUUAUAAAGAAUCCUGACUUUAUAUUUGACGUUAAUAAAACGGUUACUGUAGACGCAAGUCUAAGUGGGAUCGCUCAAACGUUCAUGGAUGCUUGUUCUACAACGGAACAUAGAUUAGGUAAAGACUCUCCGUCGAAUAAAUUGCUUUUUGCAAAAGACAUACCCCAAUACCGCAAAAUGGUGAAACAAUUCUAUCAUGAUGUAGCACGAUUACCUCAAAUCAGUGACCAAGAAAUGAGCACAGCUAUGCAACAACUUUCCAUCCAACAAAACGAUGAAUUCGACACAAUAUCAGCUUUAAAGGAAUUAUAUAUAUAUGUUACUAAAUACAAUGAUCAAAUUAUCAAUGCACUGGAAAAUGACAUCAACUGCAAAAAAAUACAAUUGGCUCACAAACUCGAAAAUGUGGCGUUCACCUUGGAAGGAGAAGAUACCUCUGCUUGCUGACAUCAAGCCAACGUGACUUUAAUUUUUUCAAUUAGCUUUCUACACGGAAGUUAAGAAUUUGUAAAAACAUCCUGUUUAUUUUUCUACAAGAUCUUCUUUCAGGCAUCUUCAUGACUUUCUCUUCCUUACUCUUUGUAAAUUUAUUCGCAGGCAGCAAGUACUCUGAUGUACAAAACGUUGUGUU